GUCAAGCGUUUGGAAACUUUGGACAGAAAGGUCAGACUCAAAAUCCUUUCAGCAAUUUCCGAAACCAAAAUGUAUAUUCCAAUUUUGUUUCUAACUUUGCUAAAGGUCAAAAUUAUCAGGCUUCUGGCUAUCUCCCACCGAAACCCUUCAAAGCGCCAGAAUAUUUACCACCCGACGACUCAAAGACCACUUCAACUACGAGACGACCGUUCUUUACCACUACUACAACGAGACGACCAUUUUUUACCACAACUACCACUCGAAGACCGUUUUAUACUACAACUAAAAGAACAUUUUUUACCACAACCACCACUAAGCGGCCAGUCUUUACCACAACUACGACUAAAAGACCAUUUUUUACCACUACAACAACAAAGAAACCUUUCUUUACUACCACUACAGCAAAAAAACCAAUUACUACUACGAAACGACCAAUCUACACCACAACACCAGAUCAUCAAGAAAUAUUCCGUGAUAAGAUACCGAAACUACCAACCGGCGCGGUAUCUCCAGCCAUGGCUAUGAUAGUCCCACCAGAACCCGAAGAUGAUGAAGAUGAAAUUAUACCUGACUUUAGAACUACAACAAAACGUCCAAUCGUCACCACACCAGAUCAUCAAGAAAUAUUCCCUGAUAAGAUACCGAAACUACCAACCGGUGCGGUAUCUCCAGCCAUGGCUAUGAUAGUCCCACCAGAACCCGAAGAUGAUGAAGAUGAAAUCAUACCUGACUUUAGAACUACAACGAAUAAACCAGCUGUUCUUCCAGCGAUGGCUAUGGUCGUACCACCUGAAGAAGACGACCCAAUAACAAUCUCGACAACUACAUUAGUAACUACCCCUUCAACUAAAAUUACCACUCCUACAACAACCGUUUUUACUACACCAUCAACUAGUACUACUCUUUCUACAACUUCUUCUACUACUAUAACUUCUCCAUCGACAACGAAACCGACUACUGUAAGUACUCCAUUUACAACAUUAACGACACCUGAUUUAAAUCGUAAUCAAGAAGAAGAAACUAUAAAAACCACAACCGUCAUUCCUGUAUUAAAAGCUACACCAACAACAAAACCCCCUGUUGUAGUAGAAACUACCCCAACUAUAAAAACCACAACCGUCAUUCCUGUAACAAAAGCUACACCAACAACAAAACCCCCUGUUGUAGAAGAAACUACCCCAACAACACAAACAACAACCGUCAUUCCAGUCACAAAAACUGCAACAACAACAACGAAACGACCUUUUAUAGGGAUUGGAUACUUACCACCGGAUCCCGAAACUACUUCGACAACAACUGUCGAUCCUGAUGUUGCGCGAACCAUUCCUGCUGCUGGAGCUGAUGACGUGCCUCCAGAACCUAAAUGUGAUCCAUUGGACCCAAGCACUUGGCCCACUUUAUACGAGCAGCGACAAUAUGGCGAACUACCCUGUGCGCCAGUCACAACUACCCCAUCACGAAUACCGCCGACACCAGCACCGGCUAGAGCCGACCCCGUCCCACCAGAACCAGAAUGUGAUCCUUUAGAUCCAAGCACUUGGCCCUCGGAAGUAGACCAACGAGAUUUUGGUGAAACACCUUGUGCACCUGUGACUAUGUCAACUACUAAUACACCUCCUACUACACCUACGACACCUCCUACCACACCUCCUACCACUCCUCCUACCACACCUCCUACCACUCCUACCACUCCUCCUACCACUCCUACCACUCCUCCUACCACUCCUACCACUCCUCCUACCACUCCUACCACUCCUACUACACCUCCUACCACUCCUCCUACCAUACCUCCUACUACACCACCUACCACACCUACUACUACACCUCCUACCACACCUCCUACUACGACACCUACUACACUUCCUACUACACCUCCUACUACACCCCGUGUUACACCUCCUACUACACCCCCUACGACGCCUUCUACUACACCUCCAACGACACCACCAUAUAUAGGCCGCGGAUAUUUACCACCAACCAACCAUACAUCCAAAGUACCAACACCAGUAUCACCAGCACGAGCUGAACUAGUCCCACCAGAACCGGAAUGUGACCCUCUGGACCCAAGCACUUGGCCUUCAGAAUUCGACCAAAGAUAUCACGGAGAAUCACCGUGCGCCCCGAACAUAACUGUCAAACCACCAGUAGACCUUACACAUCUACCUCCAGAUGACUGUAUAGUAAAGAAAAGGAAGCGUAGAGCGUCUGAAGUGACGCUAAGAUUAGGAGAUAUUAAGGGAACUCCUAGGCCUGUCUGGUAUGCUGGUAUAUACAGGAAGAUCACGGACCCCUACUUCCCUAUAUGUGGAGGGUCAAUAGUUCGAGAGGAUGUCGUCAUAUCAGCUGCCCACUGUUUCUGGGACGACGUGGUCGGGUUGCAGCCAGCUGAGCAGUUCGCGGUGGCCGCCAGCAAGAUUUACAAGCCUUGGAAGGACCCUAUGGAUAAGAAGGCGCAGAAAUCUGACGUCCUGGACAUCAAAAUCCCCGCCCGCUUCCUCGGCGCAAAGACCAGCUUCCAAGAAGACAUCGCCAUCUUGAAGUUGGCAACACCAUUCAAGUAUACCCGGGGAGUACGCCCCAUCUGCGUGCACUUCGAUGACGAGCUUGACAGACAGCAGAUGAAGGCUGGACAUCAGGGCACGAUCGCGGGCUGGGGCCUUACGGACUCCGUUGGCACGCCGACGCAGCGUCUGCUGUGGCUCGAGCUCCCCUACAUCGAGAUUGAGAAGUGCAUCCGCGACUCGGAGGAGGCCUUCCUCAAAUACAUCACAUGUGAUAAAGUGUGCGCCGGCGAGAGGGAUACGGGCAAAGCGCUCUGCAAAGGCGACAGCGGCGGCGGCCUCGCCUUCUGGUCCGGCCCCGCCGACCACGCCACGCCGUACUUACGCGGCAUCGCCUCCACCGCGCCGUCGCCGCGUAACGCCGAGUGCAACGUGUACGCGUACGGGAGUUUCACGCAAGUGCGCGCGCAUAGGACCUUCUUGCGCGACCACGUGCCUGGGAUCGAGAAUUGUAGAUUUUGGGAAUAAAUGUGUUCA